AUGCACUACCAGAUGAGCGUGACCCUCAAGUAUGAGAUCAAGAAGCUCAUCUACGUGCACCUGGUCCUCUGGCUGCUGCUGGUCGCCAAGAUGACCGUGGGGCACCUGAAGCUCCUGUCGCAUGACCAGGUGGCCAUGCCCUACCAGUGGGAGUACCCGUACCUGCUGAGCGUCGCGCCCUCGCUGCUGGGCCUCCUGUCCUUCCCGCGCAACAACAUCAGCUACCUGGUGCUGUCCAUGAUCAGCGUGGGGCUCUUCUCCAUCGCGCCCCUCAUCUACGGCAGCAUGGAGAUGUUCCCCGCCGCGCAGCAGCUCUACCGCCACGGCAAGGCCUACCGCUUCCUCUUCGGCUUCUCGGCCGUGUCCGUCAUGUACCUGGUGCUGGUGCUGGCCGUGCAGGUGCACGCCUGGCAGCUCUACUACAGCAAGAAGCUCCUGGACUCCUGGUUCACCAGCACGCAGGAGAAGAAGCGGAAGUGA